AUCGCCCUGCCCUGCCUGAGUUUGCAGUUGAGUGCGCCAGGGCAGCACGGCUGUGUUAUAUAACUUUAAUGUACUCAAGGGUUUAAUGGCGCAAGAGCGGGACAUUGCGCCGCAGAUCUGUCAGUUCUCUGCGGAUUUAUCCUGAGAUCGCGAACGAUCGAUCACUUUUUUUUGUUGUUGUUGCUGUUUUUUUCCUCUCGCUGUGGACGUGCAUUAAAAGUUAUCGAACAGAUCUGCGAAGCGGCGCACACGGUGGAUCUCGCCAGCCCCAGCCAGGUCAGCGGCGCCGUUAAUUUGAGUGAGAAAUAUUUCCGAGAAUGUAUUGCUACCACAUGGAAAGAGACGCAGAUCCAGCUGAUAUGUCACCGCGCAACAUUGCUGCCAAGAGGGGGUUUAUUUGAGCCCCUGAUCGUGUGGACAUUAUUGCGUUAUUUCUUAGAUUUUUCCCCCCUCUCCAAGUUGGACAGACGGGAGAUGACCUAAUUGGUGGAGUGCAUCUCUUUUUUUUCACUACAGGAUAAAGAAAUGGAUCAGGGUGGACUGAAGCGCAAUGGUAAUCGAGACGACAGCCUGACAUUUGGGGGGAUAGGAGCUGAAGUAGUGAGAGAUUCAAGUGACACACCUGGUUCACUGCUCCAGUCUGCGAUGCAUCUGCCUGGCCCUGGGUCUCUGCUCCAGCCCACAGUGGCCCCAAAUGGACGGGUUGGAACCAAAGACCAAGAGGAACUUGGAGGACUCUUUGAGUCCCCUCAGCAUCAUGUCCUGUGCGAGGGUUUAGAUAUGAAGGAGAGCAAAAUGAUCAUGAUGCAGAAACCACAACAGCAACAACAGGAUAUUGAUAUAUUCAGCAUGGGGAGUAUAUCCGAUUUUGACCAGACGUCCACCUCAAACACCUCUGUCCUGGACGGCCUCCCUCUGCCUGACCUUUUUUCCCAGCACAUCAAACAGGAGGGGAUUUUUUCUCCAGACAAGGACAUGGGAGCUUUUAGUGGGCACACAGGCGCUGGUCAGUGUGAUUUGGAUGGCAACAGCAGUCGCCUAAGCGAGGAUACCGAAAUUUGGCCCCAAGACCUGGACCUUCCUAGCUCGCUGCCAGGCAUCAGCCCUUUGGACUUUGAUACAGAAGUGAAACGCUUGGAUAAGCUUCUACAUGAGAGCGGCGGCGGCGGUCCUGUCGGCAGCUUGCUAAAGGAAACAAAACCUCUCGUGGGUAACGGAGACAACUGUACCAGUGUGAACGGCACAGAGCAGCAUCACCCUCCCAUACAACACCAUCAUCUGCACCAGCAGCUACAGCACCAGCAACAUCAGCUGCAACACCAGCAGCAGCAGCAGCCGCCUCUAAUGCUCCUCCCCACCGUCACCAUCAAGGUGGAGAAGGAUCCCGACGACUCUUUCAUCCGCAUCCGCACCCCUGGUGUGGUCAAACAGGAGGAGAAGGACAGUGCUGGUUUAUGCCAAUUGCAGUUUCUCCAGAACAGCUUGAGCUCCCUCCACAGUGGAGGAGGAGGGCCCAUGUCCUCCUCUAUGGGCAUUGGUGCAGGCAUGAGCUGCCACUACACAGCCAAUCCACCUUCCACAGUGGGCCUACAAGACCAGAAGCCUUUUGUUUGUUCAGACCUGUCUCUGUUGGAGGAGAGCUGGAUCAGGGGGAAACGUUAUGGAGAGUCAUCCGGGAUACAGAGCACCAAUGAUAGGCUCCCCUCUGCUGCAGCCUUGGGAUCUUUUCCUGGCAACUUCUCCAGCAGAACAGGAGAAAGCAGCAGCUCUACGGUGACGGGACAAUCCAAGCCCAGCGGUCAGACCCACAAGAUCUGUUUGGUGUGUUCGGACGAGGCCUCGGGAUGCCACUACGGGGUUGUCACCUGUGGCAGCUGCAAGGUUUUCAAGAGGGCCGUUGAAGGCCAGCACAACUACCUGUGCGCAGGGAGGAAUGACUGCAUCAUUGAUAAGAUCCGCAGGAAAAACUGUCCAGCCUGCCGCUUCAGGAAAUGUCUUCAAGCCGGAAUGAACUUGGAAGCGAGGAAAAACAAGAAGAUGGUCAAGAUGAAAGUGCCACGGCCCCCUGGGGCAGCAGAGCCCCUUACCAACAUGCCUGUUCCAGUCAUACCCAGGUGCAUGCCUCAACUUGUGCCCACAAUGCUGUCUGUGCUCAAGGCCAUCGAACCAGAGAUCAUCUACUCAGGCUAUGACGGCACGCUGCCGGACACUUCCUCACGGCUCAUGACCACCCUCAACAGGCUGGGGGGUCAGCAGGUCAUCUCUGCAGUCAAGUGGGCCAAGUCAUUGCCAGGCUUCCGCAACCUGCACCUUGAUGAUCAGAUGACAUUGCUGCAGUGCUCCUGGCUCUUCCUCAUGUCUUUCAGCCUCGGUUGGAGGUCAUACGAGCAGUGCAACGGUAGCAUGCUCUGCUUUGCACCCGAUCUCGUCAUCAACAAAGAGCGUAUGAAGCUACCCUUCAUGACCGACCAGUGCGAGCAGAUGCUGAAGAUCUGUAAUGAGUUCGUCCGACUGCAGGUGUCUUAUGAUGAGUACCUGUGCAUGAAGGUGCUGUUGCUGCUCAGUACAGUACCGAAAGACGGCCUGAAGAGCCAGGCAGUUUUUGAUGAGAUCCGGAUGACAUAUAUAAAGGAGCUGGGGAAAGCGAUCGUCAAGAGAGAGGAGAACGCUAGUCAGAACUGGCAGCGUUUCUACCAGCUAACUAAGCUACUGGACUCCAUGCAGGAGAUGGUCGAGGGUCUUCUGCAGAUCUGCUUCUACACCUUUGUGAAUAAAACCCUCAGUGUGGAAUUCCCAGAGAUGCUGGCAGAGAUCAUCACCAACCAGUUACCAAAAUUCAAAGAUGGGAGUGUCAAGCCUCUGCUGUUUCAUCAGAAAUGACUGCCUUAAACUGUGAAUCAAUGCCUUAAAAAUCCUGCCCUGCACAUGUACCUCUCUGGGGCCCCAAGCAUUUGCUUAUCCUGCCUCUCCCUCAUCACUCUGAUUCAAUUCCUCCGUUUUUCCUGGGACCCCUCUAAGAAUUCUGCCACACCCCUCCUUCCCCUCAGGCCUCAGCCUUUCAGCCUAAUCUCGGAGCACAAUACCUGUGGCCUCUAGCCCCCUAUUCCAGUCGUAGGUUUGCAAAACUUCAGUAGGAAAUCCUACUGCCAACUCGUAGCCCUUCCUCUUGGCUCGCCAAGAAGAAUUUGGCCUCUGAAUGUCUCUCCAGCAGGAUGCAUUUUAGGUAGUUUUUCCAGGCCCCUCACCUUCUCCUUCAUCCACCCAUGGCCCUCAGAUUUCUAAUGCUUUCUUAUGACGGCCAUCUGCCUCUUACUCUCUGCUGUCUCCAGAGUUUAACUGCAGUUUUCACUGAGAAGCCAACAAACAGCCCCCCCCCCUCAACAUGACACCUAAUAUGCUUUAGAACUUGCCAGGAUUAUCGGUUCAAGCCUCGAGUCCCUCUGCUCACCUGUCCAGCUUCUCUCCAUUUGCCGCCUCCCAGCUUCACUGCACAGAGAAUGUUCACUUUUUGGGGUUUCCAGAGGAAUGUCGGUGAUGACGAGGAUAAAGAAAAACACACACAGAAAUAUUGGAAACAUACAGGAAAGAACCUCAUUUUUCUUCUGGACCCAAGGACAGUAAGGACGAACUGUUUGCUUUUGUGAAUCAGCUAUUGCUUUGGAAAUUACUCGAAUCUGAUUUAUAUACCAGUGGAAGAAAAAAACAACGACAAAACAAUCAAAAAAAAUAUUCUGUAGUUAUGUUAUGCAGACACACCUUUCUGACCACAGAAGCAGAAGUCACACUUGUACACUUUCUCAGACACACACACACACAAAGCAUAAGCAGACAAACGUUCGCUCAGCCAAAUGUUUACACAGGAUGUAUCUGAGGGAAAACCAGUGCCUUUUAGUUUUCAAGCUUUUCAUAGCCAUCCUCUCAAAACCUUUGUAUUUGCAUAACAAUCUGAUGUUGACAACUUUCUACAUAUUUUAGCUGUUUUAGUUUCUCCACGCUGGCAAUUUCUGUUUUCUUUCCAAGCUGCCAUUUUUGGUGUUUUUAAUGUGGGGAGCUCUCUCUCUCUCUCUCUCUCUCUCUCUCUCUCUCUCUUUGUUCCAAUAUCCAGAUGUGCAUGAUAGGAAGACAGCCUAUGGUACAGUUUAGAAAGUACGAGAGCAGCAUGAAAUGUAAGAAUUCUUAUAUUUUUUAAGUCUUGCAAAGUUUGAUAAUCCGCUCAAAAAACAAACAAACAAAAAAAAAAGAAAAUCAUCAAGAAAAGUCCCAAAACACAUUUUGUGUGUUGCUCUUUUAACCAUUUAAAGUAUAUUUGAUAUAUAUACUGUAUCUCCUAAUCAGUGUUGAAUUACAUGGACACCACUGGAAUUGAAACACACAUUGAGUGUUUUGGAUUGUUUGGAGUUUGAUUGAAUUAAACAUUAGGAUUUAAAUCAUAGGAAUAAUCAGCAAUUGUGGAAUCUGAUAAUUGGAAUGGUGAAUGUUUACGAACUUUAGUGAUUUAUUCCGAUGCAAAUGCACAAAGGGGGUAUUUCUUUUUAAUCACAUUUGAAAAACACAUCCAAGGUGUCAGAAGAAAAAUACCCAUAAUGAUUCAAGUAAACUGUUCUUUCACUGCGUUCAUAUUGAUAUUAAAGUUUAGCCAAUGGCUUCACACAGAUAUUUUCAAAAUGUGACUUCAUGGGGAGUUCCACUUGGAGUGACUUACCAAGCCAGACUCCCUCUCCUCAUUUCAGAAAUGACAUACAGGCCACACAUGAAUGGAAAUAAUUUCUUGUUUUGCAUUGGAACCUAACAAGAGUACUGGGAUUAAGGAUGGUUAGGUUUGUAGAUCAGACAAGUGACAGCUGACUCAGUCUGCAAUCUUCAGACAUAAUCAAUCUACCCAUGUACUCUUGGUAGGAAAACCAAGGGCAAAGGAGAAUAAAAAGUAUUGCUUCACUCAAGAUACCAUUUUAGAUGGAAUAUACCCUUUAAUGAGUUUCACUUCUGCUUGCACAAACAGGAUCAUGAAAGGUGGAGUAUGCGAUUUUACACCAUUACACACAUUCUGUUUCUAUGCUUAAAAAAAGUUGUUUGGUCACAGCUUUGGCUCUGUAAAUGAGAAAGAAAGUGGCUUAAAGUGAUCUACACAAUGAUAUUUGAGCAUGUCUUGUCCAUGUUUAUGCACAAGAGAGGUGGGAAAAAUGGGCUGUAGGAACAAGACGGACAGUAAAUUGAGUACAUGCUAAUUUGCAAAAUUUUAACAAUCUUUCUCCAGAAUCGCAGACUCCACCUUUAAGUCGAUGAGCUCAACAUGGCUAAAAAGAUAAAGAAAAAUAUAAAUAUACAGUAUAUAUUUGUUUUGUAUGUUAAAUGUGAAAAUAGAUCCACUCUUGAUGGAACCUCUAUUUUCAUCUCUAAAGUUAGAAUAUUGUUAAAAGAAGCUGCAGUUUAGUCCAAAUUAUUUGCAAAUCGAAGCUCAGGCUAUGAGUGAUUUACAUCACUUGGAUGUGUUCCACUAGUGCCAAAUGUAAUAGUACGUUUAUACGUGUUUUUUUUUUCCUGGAGAUGUGAAAGAAUACUUAUUCAGUUCUGAUCUGACAUUACGUAGUUGUUGUAAUUUUGCAGGGUGCUCAUUUAUGAGAAGAAUCUUCAGUGUCACACCUACACCAGCUUAAAAGUACUGAUUGUUAUCAUGCGGGUCUGUGUAUGACCGACUUUUUUUUUUUUUUUUUUUUUUGGAGAUCCACCAAAAUGAUAUUGUAUUUUUGAAAUUGCAAAGUAAGCCGUAACCUCUGCUGAUGUCAAACAGGUGUUGGUCAGCAUUUGUAAUGUGAAAACAUGUUCAUACCAGCUUAUGUGAUGGCCAAAGCUAAACGCAUUUACAGCGCAGUUGCACAUCGGCUUUCGUGUAAACACAGUGCCCCCCCCGUCUCUCCUCUCCCUCCCCAACCACCUCCUGUAGCAGUUGUACUUUUUUCCUCAUUGCUUCUUGUCGCUUUCUGCCAGGCCUCUCUGCCUAAAAUGUCGACAGUAUAGAUUUUCAGCUGUUUGCUCUGAGUAGUUCUCAUCCCUCCGCAGCGCAUAACUCUGAAUGCCAGUUAAUAGACCAGGUAGCAGGUUGCCAUAGAGACCGGUCAUUUGUAUGUUACUUACAGCUAACAACAAAAUAGACUCUCGAAGCACACAAGCCACUAUUCAAUAAGAGCCAUCUUUUUUUUUUCUUUUUUAAAAUCAGCCAUUCUGCUAAAGGGUGGACACUUGCAGCAGGGUUGUUUCAUUCACGGUGCAGACUUUCACCUCCAUCCGCUAAACGCAGUCUUGUGGCCUUGUGGCUGUACGGAGCACGAGCUCGACGCUGCUCGUGUCACUGUGUGUGUCAGUUAUUCUGGGGAAGAUUCGACUAAACUUGCAUAUUUGCUUGGGUAACCUGCAUCCAGUAUUACAGUUGUUCACUGAUGGCGGCGUGUCAGAAAACCAGCUUUAACGUGUAGAUGUAAUCAUAGCCCUGCUCAUUUCUAAGCGACUAUAGAUGUACAUAGCAACGCUGACAUAUCCCGUGCAAUGUAAAAAAAAAAGUCUAUUAUUAUAAAAAUAUUUUUUGACAUAACCUGUAUACUCGUAUACACUUUGUUUCUCUUUUACCUUUCAACUACAUGUUCGACUAAAGGCCUUGCGAAAGGGAGACAGAGAGCCAUAGAAAUAAGAUUUCAAAUCAGGAAAUAGAUGUACCCUUAACAAAUAUCAAUGCUUUUGGAGAUUGAUCUAUUGUAAAAAAAAAUAAAUAAAUAAAUAUAACAAUAUUUUCUGUGAUUUUGAAUACAUCAGCUUGAUCCUCUUUGAUAUGACUAAUUUUACUCAAUCAUUUUUGUACAUUGAACGAGUCAAGAAAGUAAAUAUUUUUCUGUUUGUUGGUUUGUGUUCGAUAAAGGUAGGCGUGUUGCAUACAUUAGGAAAUGUUAAACAUGGUUGUCUUGUGAAAUAAAUGUAAAGUCUACAUGAAAAGUCACUGUGUUUUUAAAAAUGAUAAGGAAAUGGGGGAGGGAUGGAAGGUGAGAAAGACUGGAGGAGAUUUUUGAGUUCUAGAAAAGUGACCAAAGCAGAGGAGAAAAAAAAUUAAAAGAAGUACUCAAGCAGUUACAUUUUGAGUAGCACUUACUAUCUGACUUCUAGUACUUCUUGUUUUAUUUUAAAGAUGUCUUUUGUAAAGGUCUAGGCUUUGGAUCCCAUGUAUUUUGCUGUGAGGAUUUACUGGUCACUUUAAAAAUAGAAAACAAACAAAAAAAAGAUGAAUCUCUGUGUGAAAGCAAAUUUACCAGAGCCUGACGGAAUUGCACUACCCUCAUAUUGGUUGAUAUAGUCUAUUUUGUAUAAAAUACAUGCAAAUAUCAUGUUUAAAGAUUAAGGGCAGAUCAUGUUUCACUGGUAUAUAUGGCUAUGGCUUUCACUGAAGUCUGUUUUGUUCGUAUUUCAGUUAUGUAAAUGUAAUCCAAUGUAAAAGAAACAAAAACAACAAAAAAUAUAAAAUGUUUGUUUCAAAAAAAAAUAGUUUGUAUUACUUCUGUAUUACACCUCCUCUGUAGUCAGUGUCGAUAUUUUCACCUAUUUGAUUAAAUGUUGAAUUAAGUUAUGUGUUGUUCUCUGCCUUUGGGUUUGGCAUUGUGUCAGAUGAUGUUUUUGUCAUCGCUGGUUGAAAGUGGAAAUUGGAAGAACUGAUUUCUCUUUAGUUUAAACAUCUUACACAAUAAAGUUUCCUGUUUUUCAACACUUA